CUGUGCUCUGUGCACUAGGCCAUGCUGCAGUUCAUCAUUAGCCAGCAAAUUUUCAGAAUUCCCACCAGCCCCAUCAGUCUUGUGGAACAUCCCAAGUGAUUCUUCAGCCAGGAACUGAUGGCAAUGCCCCUGAUUCCCAUGCUCUUUCUGCUCAGCCAAUAGCAGGGUUUCUCUCUGGAUACAUGCCCAUUAUUGGAAGAACAUUUCCUGAUUCUCUUAAUUGGGUAGUCAUAGGGCGUGUUCCAGAAAAGCCAAUUCGAUAUCACUAUGACAGAGCCCCUCAGCCCCCAAGCUAUUCGAUGAGAAUGUUAGGCUCUUUUGAAUGCAACAUUUACGCUUUUGAAUUUCUCUGUUAAGAGUGUUAGCAGUUUCUGUUGAUCUGGGCUGGCUUGCCAAGCCAACCCCACCUUCUCAGAUCCAUAGAGGGAUGUUGCAGCCAAGGCAGUCAUCAGAAACAGGAGACGUGGAAGCAGCAGUGAUGACAAAGGCAAAAAGAGGCCACGUGACUUCCAAGGAUAACGAAGGGGAGACACAUUUUCUAUGGAUAAUUAUACCAAUGUUGAAGACUUGGACGAUGACUUGGCUACUCAAUAUGUCAUUCAACAGAGUUUACAGGAUAUUCACGAACAGGAAUGUCUAAAUCAAGCAGAGGAAUAUGAGAGCUUCCAGUCUUUUCUGAGCCCUGAGUAUAAGGAGAUCAUUGAAGCAAUAGAGGCAGGUCAGGAAGAGGCUUUAUCAAAGCUGACCAUGCAUCAUUCUGCUUUUGAUGAGACAGAUCAGAGAGGCUGGCUUCCUUUACAUAAAGCUGCAGCCCAAUUAAACAGGAACAUUCUGGAAAUCACCCUGAAAGCUUCGAAACCCAACAUAUGGGAGCAAACCACCCGAGCCGGUGAAACGCCACUCUUUGUGGCCGUCAGUGGAUGCCUCUUAGAAAACGCACAGUUUCUCCUUCUCAGUGGCUGCAACGCUAAUGCCAGGAAUGAAGAAGGAGAUUCUCCUUUAGUUAUAGCCAUUAGAAAUGACUCUUAUGAUAUGGCCUCCCUACUGAUCAACGCCGGAGCGCAUAUAAACCUUCAAUGUGACAAUAAGAGGACCGCGCUCCAUGAGGCAGCCAGGUUGGGCCGAAAAAGCAUCGUCAACCUUAUGCUUCUUUCUGGGGCCCAUCUCGACCCGCGGAGCUCUUACGGCCUCACACCCCUAGCGCUCGCUGCCCAGACCGGACAAACUGAGGUUAUGGAGAUCUUACUACAAAAAGGUGCCGAUGUUCUGUCUCAAGCCUCAGAUUCGGCUUCCAUCUUGUUUGAAGCUGCUAGCGGAGGAAAUCCUGAGUCACUGACUCUCUUGCUAGAGUACGGAGCUGAUGCGAACGUGCCCAAGAAUUCAGGGCAUCUGCCUAUCCACAGAGCAGCUUAUAGAGGCCAUUUUUUGGCUCUAAAGAGUUUGGUUCCGGUUACAGAUUAUACUGCCAUUAAGCAGAGUGGAAUAAGCCCAGUUCAUUGUGCAGCUGCAGGCUCACACCCUCAGUGCCUUGAGUUUCUCCUCCAAGCCGGCUUUGACGUUAAUUUCAUGCUCGAUCAGAGAAUUCGCAAAGGCUAUGAUGACCAGAGGAAGUCAGCGCUCUAUUUUGCCGUAUCAAAUGGUGAUCUCGCUUCAGUUAAGCUACUUCUGGAAGCUGGAGCUCUGCCUAAUCAAGACCCGGUCAAUUGCCUCCAGUUAGCCUUGAGGAUGGGCAAUUAUGAGCUAAUCCGUAUGCUCCUUCGUCACGGAGCCAACGUGAAUUACUUCUGCAGAGUGAACACCUUACAUUUCCCAUCAGCGCUGCAGUAUACACUCAAAGAUGAAGUCAUGUUAAGGAUGUUACUAAAUUCUGGAUAUGACACAGACCGUUGUUUCGACUGCCCUAGAGGAGACAAAGCUCACUCUCCUUAUGCUUUUGAAGGCUGGACUUCGACAGUCAUCAGAGACACCAUGUUCUGUGAAGUGAUAACCUUAUCCUGGCUGCAGCACCUUUCUGGAAAGGUCGUGCGAGUGAUGCUUGAUUACGUUGAUAGGGUUCGUAUCUGUUCUAAAUUAAAAGCUGUCCUCAAAGAACAGGAGCUGUGGCCAGAAAUCAGUUUAAUCUUAACAAACCCCCGUUCCCUGAAACAUCUCUGCCGCCUGAAGAUAAGGAAAUGCAUGGGGCGCUUGCAUCUGCGCUGCCCCGUCUUUAUGUCAUUCCUUCCACUCCCCAACCGCUUAAAGGACUAUAUACUUUUCAAGGAAUAUGAUCUCUAUGCACAAGGAAAUUUGAAAGGAACCUGAUAAUCUGGCCCUCUGGAUUGUAGACGUGAUUUUGGAGUCAAAUUCUACAGACUGACGAAUCUAAGAUCAUUAUGUAGGAUGCCUUUUUUUUAUGGUGACUUUACCCAUUACACGCCACUUAAGUGUGAAGUCUUUUCUUUUUCCAAAAUCAGGAAGGUGUUCUGAAUUUAAUGCAUCCCAAUACAGAAAAGAGAUUGCUAUGUCAUCCCACCCUCUGUUUAACUGGUAAACACAAGGUUUGUGCCUAAUUAAUGGCAAAGGGAAAGUUAUGGCAUUUUGACCACUUUUGUUUGAAAAGACUCACUUUCUUCUCCAACACAAGAGUGGGGAAUAUGAGUCCUAUUAAAAUAAAAAUGAUGAGAUCCUGUAGAUGUACUGUAACAGGUUUUUUCAAAUGCAUUGUAGCUUUGUUUCCCUAAAGCAUUAAACUUAACAUUUUUGUUCCCUGCA